UGUCGGUGCGAUUCUAAGCUCCGCAGCAUCCCUACUUAGAAUCUCCAGCACCAGCGGUCAUAGAAAUGCAGGACAACUUAAUUUUCGUUUUCGUGGUCCUUCUGGUAUUUUCUACCUCUUUCAAUCUUGCCAGAUGCUCGGUCGGCCAGCACUUCGAAUCUGCCAGAGGAGGUCAAAAAAUAAAAGCGGCCGACAGGCGGUUCGCAGGGGUGUUUGCGCAACCCAGGAUCGGCCGAAAUUCGGAACUGCUGAGCCUACCCAGGUCGGACCGAGCGCAGGGAAUGUUGCAUUAUCCUCGGGUCGGACGAUCCGACGUGUCGAGCUUCGGUAACCUGAAUCAAUUUCAAGACCUGCCACCUGAGACCGACGUCGAGUUCUCUGGUGUGCGCGAUGUGGAACCUGACGCUCUUCUAGAUCUUGAUUACGAAGAAUACGCGAACAAGCUGAUGGCGAUGAAGCGCGCCGACAAAGCACCGAAGAACGGUAUCUGGCUGAUGGCUAACCACGUGCACGGAUACAAGGAACCUCGUUCGGCGCCAAAGAUCGACGAUCUCCGACUGUACUAUUCUGUUCUGCGAGAUUCUCGAAAUACUCAAGGUCAAGGAGGUUACACCCCGAGGCUGGGUCGUGAGAAUGAGCGCGACGCGACGAGCUUCCUGUAGGUCGUCCUCUUUGAUCGCGUGUCACUUUGAUCACGUAUUCGAUGGAUGUCCCCAUGGGAGAGAGAGAGAGAGAGAGACCGAGAGAGAAAAGGAAUUUACCGUAAUCCCCCGAAUCAUUACCAGGACCUUAACUUGACAGCUUCCGCGAUUGUUUCCCCCCGCAUUUAUGUCGGCGAGCCGCCUUACCCCUGCACUUUGUACUCGCGCGUUAUGCAACACAAUACAAGGUAUGCAUCCAAGUAUCGCAAUUCGUAUGAUCUUACACGCGUCGUCGUCCUCUGUGCCGAUUCGCCAGCGUCGAUCCUCCCGAUGAGCCAGCAGCUUGAUUCCCCGGCGGCGGUGAGAUUCGGCCGUGCAACCUCGUCCCAGAUUUUCGUCCCGAAAAAGAACGCUCGACCCCCCUCCCCUCCCCCUCUCUUCCGUCGAACCGGCGCUCGUUCGUUCGUUUUUCUCUCUUUUUUUGUAUAAAACAUGAAUGAAAAUAAAUGUUUGGUUAAUAUCACGCCGAGCGAGAUAGCAACUCGCGCUUUAUGUAUCUCUCCUAAUUCAAUUGAAAAUACAGCGCACAUUGAUUCCGCGGGGAUUAUUUAAUUUUUUACGUAAACACAUCGUAACAAGUUCGAUACGCGUUAUAAUUAACAAUGCGCGUGUAAUUUGCGUAAUUGAUAAUCAUUAAAAUGCGGCACGAUAUUUUUCACCCGGGGAACGUACACAGAGCGAGAGAACGAGAGAGAGAGUGAGAGAGAGAGAGAGAGAGAGAGAGUGAGAGAGGAAAGAGUGUGACAUAAGCUCUCUCUCUCUCUCUCUCUCUGCGCGUACGGCCAAUUACAUAAAAUCCUACAAGACAUAGGACCGAAUGCGCGCGUGUGUGUGUGUGUGUGUGUAUGUGUGUGUGUUGGAAUUGGUUUAUUUUGCGGCGGUAUAAACAGAGUACAGGAAAGCGAUAUCGCGCUUAUUCAAUCCUUCAAUGUGUCCAUUUCCCCGCGGCGAAAUGCAAUCUGCGCGUCAAUAAACGUUAUAAUCCGGCUCGGCGAGCGUAACCGUGGCAGAUGACCGCGCUCGCACCGGUUCAGUUUCCCAUCCCCGCAGGGAGAACGAAGGAGAUCCUCGUUCAAAUCGGAGCGUGCAAUAAGACGGAACAACAACAACAAGA